AUGAUGCGAGUAGUUCGAAUAGCCAAUGUAGAGCACAUACCGUUGGGCCCCGCGGCAGCCGUACCGGGAUGGACGGGCGGCGAGGUGCACCGCACGCGUCAACCCAUCAUCCCAGAGGGAGAGAGUGAUUUUUUCAACGCCAGCAUCGUCAAUUUCCAGACGGGCGCGCAGACGGGAUGGCACCGCCACAGCAGCGACCAGAUUCUGGUAAUCACCACGGGCAACGGGACCGUGGCCGACGAAACCCACGAGGUGGAAGUAGGCGUCGGUGACGUGGUGCAGAUCAAGGCCGGCGAAAAUCACUGGCACGGCGCCACUGCAAACGGUUACAUGGGCCACAUCACCAUUACCGCCAGCGACUAG